GUAAAAAUUAUAAAAAGUUUAUAUUAAAAAAAUUUAUAUCGAGACGAAUCUAACAAGAUCCCACAUGACUAUGUUUUUCCUAAAAUAUAAAUCACUAAAGACAAUCUAAGUGUAAGAUGUGAAUAGUGCACAAAAUAGAAAUGGUGCAACUAUUUCUAAAUGGAAGAAGUAUAUAGAAGCUGACUGAAAAAACUAGCUAGAAAGUCGAUCACUAAUGGGUCUGGUUAUUUUGCCUAAAAGUUGGUUACUUUGCAUCUAGACACUCAAUAAUCAACCACUCAUAUUCCAAACAUCAUUCAACAAAAACAUUAAAUACAAAUACUUAUUACACUGAUCGCUCAAAUAAGCUGACUGAAACAACUUGCUAGUUAUUAAAGGAUUGAGGCUUUGGUACGAGGACAACCCAGAAAAAACUCAUCUUACCACGAAUUCUGAAAAGAUGAAAAAAAAAAAAAAAAACCUUACAUCUCUAACCUAUCCCAUCAAAAAUCCAUAAAAUACCGUUGAUGAGCUUCCACUACGAAAUUUUUUUUUUUUUACAAAUUAAAGAAACCCUCCACAGCGCGUUGCAUUGACAUGUCAAAAAGUCAUGCUACUCACUACACUGUUUUCUUUAUAUAUAUUCUGUUUUACCAAGUUGUAGUAUUAUAAGUCUAUUUUAACGUCGAGGGAUGAUAUUAAUAAAAGUUCAUUGCUUGAAAGAAAUGAAGAAAGGGAAGCAAAGGGUAAACUAGUUGAUAAAGGAGGAAGAGACUGAAGCAAUAUUCAUGGCUCCUCCUUCUAAAUCAGCUAAACUAGUUGACAUCUCCGGCGAGCUCAAGAAGAUCAUCGAUGCCGAUUUCGAUAAAGCUUCUGCUCGCCGCCGUGCUCGCGAGGCUUUUAAAGAUGUUCAGCUUUCCAUCGAUCACUGCUUGUUCAAGAUCCCAACUCAAGGAUUAAAGCUACAUGAGAAAUAUGAAAAGAACUCAAGAGGAGUAGAAAUUUUCUCCAAAAGUUGGGUUCCUGAUUCCCACCCUCCAAAAGCUGUGAUUUGUUAUUGUCAUGGUUAUGGAGAAAGUUGUACUUUUUUCUUUGAAGGAACAGCCAGGAAACUUGCUCUAGCAGGAUAUGGAGUUUAUGCAAUGGAUUAUCAAGGUUUUGGUCUUUCAGAUGGUCUUCAUGGCUAUAUUCCAAGUUUUGAGAGACUCGUUGAUGAUGUUAUUGAGCAUUACUCCAAAGUUAAAGCAGAAAAGCCAGAAUUUGAUGCCCUUCCUAGCUUUUUAUUUGGACAGUCAAUGGGUGGGGCUGUAGCUUUGAAGGUGCAUCUGAAGCAACCCAAAGCAUGGAGUGGUGCCAUUCUUUUAGCACCCAUGUGCAAAAUUGCAGAUGAUUUGCGCCCUUCAUUUAUAAUGACCCGAAUUUUGAUUGCGUUAUCUAAAGCUCUUCCUAAAUCAAAGUUAGUUCCAACUAAAGAUUUAGAUGAUAUUGCAUUCCGUGAGAAGAAAGAGCUGACAGCUUACAAUAUCAUUGCUUACAAGGAUAAACCGCGACUGAAGACAGCUGUUGAGUUGCUUCGCACAACAGAUGAGAUAGAACGUCGAAUGCAGGAAGUUUAUUUACCCAUGUUAAUCUUACAUGGAGAGGCUGAUGCAGUAACUGAUCCAUCAGUUAGUAAGGCAUUGUAUGAAAAGGCAAGCAGCACAGACAAAAAGCUCAAUAUUUACAAGGAUUCUUAUCACCAACUUCUUGAAGGGGAGCCAGAUGAGGUUAUAUUUGGUGUUUUUAAUGAUAUCAUCUCUUGGUUGGAUGAUCACACUUCUAAAGAUACUAAUCUUCAUUAGUUUGCAUUAAUAUGGUGUGUAAAGGAUGAGAGAGAAGGGACAAACAUGAGGGGAAGACUCAGAGUGUAGUACUAUAUGUCUAUAUGUAGUUUGAUAUAUUUAUGGUAUAAACUGUUGAUUAUGUGUAGAAAUUGGUAGCAUGAUUGUUUAUUGAAUGAAUUAUGGGUGAAGCUUUGAUAUUAAUAUUCGACUCUAUUGAGGUCCUGACUCCUGAGUGAACGUUGCGUUUUCUAAGCUUUCUUUAUGAUCUGAUGCACACUUCCAUAUCCAGCCAAAAUAACUCUUUAGUCUUUGCAAUUCCAAUCUUCCGGUUUUUUUUUUUUUUUUUUUUUUUUUUUUUUUGUGAAAUAGGUUUGAUUGAUGCUUGUAUAAAUAUAAUCAAUCUAGGUAAUAUAUAUAAGGUUUAUGCUAUAUGCAGCCCUUAGGGUUGCAUAUGCAUAUAAGACAUAAAUACUAGGGAUGGCAGGUGGGUAUAAUUUGGCGGGUUUCGCACCGCAACCGCCCCAGUUGGGGCGGGUAUGGAUAUGACUUUGGUGGGUAGUGGGUGGGUAUGGAUACGAAAAGUCAAAUCCGCCAUGGGUGGUGGAUAUGAGGUCACAUCCGCCCCAAACCCCCCCGCCCCGCCCCAAAUCCGCCCGCCCCGCCCCAUAUCCGCCCGCCCCGUAUAAUAUUUACUAAUUUACCCUUUAUAAAAUAAAGAAUUAUGUUCAUAAAUCUAAAAAAUUGUAAAAAAUAAUUAAGAAAUAUGAAUACUAAGAAUGUGUACUCUUCUUCUUUGAAAUGGGUGUUUCUAAUAAUUAAUUUAUAUAA